AGGUAUCAAUUCUUUUCUGUGGACUGUACAACGCUCACCGCCGGCCUACCUCUUUGGAACGAUCCACGUCCCUUACACCCGCGUCUGGGAGUGGAUCCCCCCCAACAGCAAGCUGGCAUUUACAGAAAGCGACAGCGCCAUCUUUGAGCUGGACCUCACAAACCCAUACACAUUGACUGCCCUUGCAGAGUGCCAGGUGUUGCCUACCGGUGAGUUCUUUUCCCGUUUUGACGUCUUGUCAAAUUUACUUCCGGAAGAACUUUACUCCCGUCUGCAGCGCCAUCUUGAAUAUGUCCGGACCAGCAUGCAAUCCUGGAUGAGCGACGACCAGAAACGGAAGGGGUUGUUCGCAGACUAUCUGUUUAACGCCAUUACAGGUCUACACGCGUAUCCUAAUUCUGCAGGUAACUGGCGCCGCAAAAGGCCAGUCUGGGUGAUGCUGAUGGUCAACUCUCUCACUGAGUCCGAGGUCAAAUCUCGUGGAAUACCAGUCCUUGACCUCUACCUGGCGCAGCAGGCAGAGCGGGAGGGGAAAGUGACAGGGGCUGUGGAACGGGUGGAAGAGCAGUGUAUACCCCUGAACCAGCUAAAUUUGUCCCAGGUAUUGUUCGCUCUCAACCAGACCUUGUCACAGCACGAAAGUCUCAGAGACCAAGCCUCCCCGCCACUCUGCGGUAGCGACGCUUUGAUUCAGCAUUACAACUGUGGCGAUCUUAACUCGCUUAUGUUCAGCAGGUACGACCUACCAGUUCCAGCGCUGGUCAACUCGUCCUUGCCCCCGCAAGAGCUGCAUCAGGCGCUGAUGAUAGAGCAGUAUUUCCAACAUGAGCUCAUCGACAAGAGGAACGCCCGGAUGGCAGAAAGAGUGGCCUAUCUCCUGCAGCAGCAUCCCGACACUAGUUUCUUCUUCGCUUUUGGGGCAGGUCAUUUUCUAGGUAACGAAACUGUGAUAGACAGACUUCGCAGGACAGGGCUGCGGGUGGAGCACACGGGACCAGGAGAAAACAUUACAAG